AUGAAUGGGUGUUACCGGCAGCAGCAGCGGAGGAGGUGGUGGAGGAGGAGAAGUUUACUGGUCGGAGUUGCCCUCGCCGCUCUGUUCUUUCUUCUCGUGAAUUGGUGGAUGCUUUCUCUGCUUGAGGAGUUCUCCUUUCACCAGAAAGCCACAGCUUCUGGCCUUUUCUCCAUUGUGACCCCACCAUCAAAACUUCUCUUUGUAAGUGAUAUAGUUCUGAAACUUUUGGCCAACGAUAAUUCGAUAGACCUCUAAAAUUAUUUCUUAUUCAUUUAAUCGAUGCCAAAUGCGUAUUUUUUUGUUUUCAUGUUGAGGUUUUCUUAUUUCCUCGGCGUGUUUCUAUCUUGAUAAGGAGGCCAAAUUUAGUUCCUUCAAUUGAAACGGCCGUUUUCUCUGAAAAAAUUACUCCCAUAUUUAUGCAUUGUCAUCAGAUAUUGGGAGUGUGCCAGGUUUCCACAUAAAUCUUCAAAUUUUCAGGCAACUGCGUUUUCUUGUGGGAAUAGAUUUCAACAUUUUUAGUAAAAUUCGAUGAUUAUGUACAUAACACUGAUUAUUGUGUUCUCUAGGUGUUCUCAGAAUCUUUACCAUAUGUGAUAUUAACUUGUCGUUUCAGGAAAAAACAUUUGUGAAGUUAGUUUGGGCUUCUUAUCCUAUCUUUAGAACUGUGUCGGAAUGUAUUUAAAAAUAAUCUGUCCUUGCACAUGGGAUACCUUUUUGUUGCUUCAUGCAUUUAUGGGGUGCAAGAAUAAAAAAAAUAAAUUAUACCUUGUCUAUUGGCAUCCUGGUCAUCACCCUUUUAGACUAAUUAUGCAUGAUAAUCAUAUCUCCUCCGGCUGUCAUAAUGCCAGUUUUGAUAGGGAGUAGCAGAACUGUAAUUCUUAGAUGAAUCACAAGAGUGUGUGCUCAGUUUCUCAAAAUCCUCCAGCAUGCUGGGAUAUAUGCCUAGGAUUCGGUUUGAGGAAUAAUUAAUAUAGUUUCUGUCCCUUUCUCUAGCAUAUUUUUCGAAUCAAAGCUUUUUGUAAUCUUGGGCAGCAUGUGUGAAAUGCUACUGAGUGCCUCUUUUACUAUACAUGGUGUUUUGUGAUGAGUAUCAUCAAGAGUAUUAUCAUAUGAGGCAUUAUCAUCGUUGUCUGAUAGCCUUAAAAUAAUGAGUCUUCUCCAUUAUUACAUUAUCAUCGCUGCAUCUGUUCAUCCAUUUUUAGUUUGUUUUGUAUUUGAUGUUAUGAAUGACCCAGAACUUCCCACACCUAAUGGAGAGAUUUCAUGUGAAGGUCCUAUUGAUUUCGCACCAUUCAAUCUGUACGGGGAUGGGUUGACUCUUCCAAUAUAUCAUCAAUUUUCUGUGCACUAGCAAAUGGAGUGAUUCUUCUGUAUAUCUGAUUCUCUAAGUUCUCUUCAUUUAGAUUUAUGCCGUAUACAAUCCUUUCCUGUUACUAUGAUUAGUGUCAAACCUAUCUUUCUUCACUUCACUAAGAUUUUCUAAUGUAUGUUCCGACUUAGCAUGCGAGAAAGAUGCUGUAAUAGAUACAUUUUCUUGAUAUUCAUCUGUCUUUAAUUAAUGCCACUUGACUAUUACCUCGGCAUUGUGAAUUACGCAUGCCAUAUUCGUGACACCAUAAUCUCCCUAUUUUGUAUCCAUUUUGUAAUAUCUCGUCCUUAGCAUCUUAUUAUAAUAUAAAUGCAUUGACUUAUCUAUUCCUUGUCUUAUUAUGAAUAAACGCAAAUGUGCUUUAGCUUAUUUCACAUCAGGAUGAGAAAAUAGGAAACAAUAUGUUUCAAGAUAGGGAGGGACUGAUGAUAAUUUUCUUUCACAGUAAUGUAAGGAGGUCAUUUUAUUUAUACCUAAUAAUGGGUCUAGACCAUUGAGAAAACAAACUGUAGCUUAGGUGUCGAUUGCUGAUGAUUAAUUAAACUUGAUUAUUCUUGGCUUGAUAAAAGCUCUUCAUAUUUUUCAUGGAAUGUUUUAGAUAUGGUGAAUAUCAAAUUUCAUGCAAAAUCUUUGCUUCAUGUUUUCGAUACCCUGUUUGAAAGUUUGGGUACUCCAAUUCUGAUACUAUAUAAUAAUCUGGAGAUCUUCUAUUCUGUAUAAAUGCUUGUGUUUAAAGUGGAGUAUUUCCUGCAUCAUCAUACAAUGCUUACUGCAGGUGUUCUCAUGUAAGUGUAUAUCAAAAAGUUGAUUUCUGACAAACAACCCAGGAUAUGCUGGCUAGUACUUUCGGUACCAUCCCUUUCUUAUGUGCUCAUUGCAUUUAAUUCAUGCAGCGCAGCUUGAAUCAAUUGGGGAAGGGUAGAAGGCAUCAUGGAGUUUUGCAUACAAGGCUUUUGUCUCUUGCUGCACAUGCUUUGGCAGAGGUAAGCUUUUUAUGCAUACAGAUAUGAGCUGAUCCAACAUAAAAAAGCUUCUUUAUGGUAAAAUAGAUUUUUCCCAGAAAAACCAAUCAUGUGAAUGGGUGAUCCUGUAUCUCUUGAAGAAAGUGUGGCAUUAUUGCUCUCAUAGUAAUGGUCACCUUGCAUUUUCAUGGCAUCAAAUCUCACAUCUACAGCACAAUGAAGUUAUUCCAGUUGUCUUCCUUUUGUAGAUGGUUCUAUAAUCUUUUGAAGAAUGCUUUAAACCCAUUCCUGAUCAAAAUAAAAAUUUGAAAUUUUAUUACUAUAAAAUUUUCUCAGUAGGGUGGUGUUACUAUGAAAUUUUGUUUUGCAUCCAUCAUAUGGAAGCAAUACACAGGCCUGUUAAUGCCCGUAUCUUGAGAUGUGCAUUUAAAUUUACCAGUGGUAUUUUUCUCAGCAGGGUGCUUAACUGAUGGCUUAAUGGUGUAGUAAAUUUUUUAUUACUAAUUCCUUCCACCAUGGAAAGACAAAAUAUGUUUCACUUGGACUUAGUUUGCUUAUGCCUGCCUCAAAUUUCUGUUUUACCUAUCGAGUUUGUUUCAGGCUCAUGCACCCAUGGAAAUAAAAUCAAUUUCUAAUUAAAGAAUCAUAGGAGAACCUGAUGUACAUUGAUGAUUGAACAUUAAAUCGUGCCUGUCCAUGAAAUUAGACAGAAAUGAUGGAUUCCUUGGUAAGUUUUGAAACUCAUGUUCUUUUCAAAUGCUCGGGAAUGAAAUAAGUUUAUUUCUUAAGAAAUGCUCUCACUGUUUAUCAAUGAUAAUUAUGCCUUUUCUUUUCUCACUACAUAUUUUCAGGGAGAUGGUAAAAUUGAACCUCAAGAAUUGUGGCGAGAACGUUCAAGUCCUACUACUUUAUGGACACCCUGUAGCUACAAACAUUUGAGGGAAACUAGUGGUAUACCAUCUUGAAGCUUAUUAUACCCUCUUAUUUGAUUGCGUCUUAUCCUGCUAAUAUGUAUGGGAUACAUUUAUAUCAUCUUUCUCUCAUUGUAAAAUGUACAAAGCUCUGACAUUAUUUUUUGUCUUUGAAACCAUAUUUGCAGAGGGAGAGAAUGGAUACAUUUUAGUCAGUGCAAAUGGUGGCAUUAGUCAACAGCGAAUAGCUGUAAGCACUUCUUCUCGAUGGUGGUGACUUAUAGAUAGAGUAUUGGUUUGCUUUUGAUGCGCAACAUAUUCGUUGUUACCUCAUUGAUUGACCUCUUUCACCUGAGGUGAUACCUUUUCUUUGGGUAGACUGUGAAGAGAUUGUGAUUAAGAUGUCUAGAGUGAUGGGCUAUCUGAAUGGUUAUAAUAGCACCGCCUUAUGCUGGGUGAUUUUAAGGGAUACAAGAACAAGGAGCUACCCCAGCUGGUCGAAAUCUGCUCUCUUACUCAAUAUUUUGUGACAAAUAUGUUAUCAUGUGACAAAUAGGUGAUUCACAUGCAUAAAGAGGCGUAGGUUUGCAAGGAAUACGAAUAUCUCUUUCAGCUCAAGCGUAGCUUGAUUUACAAUGUGAUAAAUAAAAGAAUAUUCAAGAUUGUGAUAUUAGGAGUACGAUUCAAGUGUCUGGUAAUUUGUUGAUUAAUGAAGUUUGAACAUCUGUCGAUAUAUUGGAUCAAGGACAGGGAAUUUACGGUCUAGUACCACUUCUUGCAAGAGUAGAUUCUAAGAGUCAUUUCGUGAGGUCCUUAAAAGUAUAAAUGUUGCUAGAAGCACCAGGUUCAUCGAUCAAUUAUGCUCACACCCUUGCAGUUCUGCAUCAGUUCAGAGGAUUAGACUCGCCUCCCAGGCUUUUCUAUGAAAAAGCUUGUAAAUUUCUGAACCAUAUGCUUGUACAGUAUUGCCGUAUUGUGGUUAGGGCAUGUGUUAUUGUCUCUCAUUGGACUGUGGCCCUGGGCCUAAAAUUUGGAUUGUUUUUUCAUUGUCUGGGGAGGUAUACGGUGGUAUUCUGUGGGGUAAUCCUUUUCAAUGGCAUAUACUUUCACCUCUUUGAAAGGAGGCUUUCAAUAUUGUAGGAAAAUAUUCAGAUUUUUUUGCUUGACUGGUUUAUUCAUUUUGGACAAUGCUUAAAACGUCCUCAACUAGGAUAAUAAAAUGAGUCUGUUGAGAAUAGUCAUGCAUUAUUUAUGCAAUUCGGAGUGGUUUGAUGAUGACAUAUUAGGGGUGGAGGUAAUUGGGAACCAUAACAGCUUCAGCACAGUAAGGGGCGACACUUGUUCUGUUCAAGAAAUUUGUUACAUUUUAUUGUAUACUGGGUAGGUGUGAAAUAUAUUUUGGCGGUCAGCUUCUUGGGAAUUUUACUUGUGAACGUCUUCAAAUAUCUGCAAAUUCUGUUUCUAGUGAUGUGUAGAAUUACUUUGGGUAAAAAUAUAUCUUGUUGUUUCAUAUCCUCUCGACUAGAAUUUGGUUUCUGUAUGUUAGGCUGCUGUUUUUCAUGUUACGGUUUAAAAAGUAUACUAGACUUAACACUGACACUGGGAAUCAUGCUGAUCCCCAUUCUCAUCACUGAGUACUGUGAUAAGACUAAUUUCUCUCUAAAGAGUAAUAGAAGCAUGUAUUUUGAUGAUAAUUGUGUAUCCAUUAAUAUGCGUGGUACUAUGGUUUGUCAAUUCCUGCAUGACUUUAUCUUCUUCCAUGGUAUGAAUAGUGUCAAAAACUCAUUAGUUACUGAGAUUUGUAGGGCAAUAUGUUGAUUUCAUAGAUGUCAUAUCAAUCUAUUUAAUUCCUUGUCUUAGUUCACUUCUGAAAGAAAUCUCGGUUGACUUCUUUGAUGAAUCUGGAGUUCCGAGUGCCUAGUUUUAUGGGUGGACUCUAGGACGAUGAAGAGGAUUUUCUGACUUAUAUGCGUAAUAUUUGUCGUAGUUCUGAAGGUUUCACCUAAAUCCAUCAAUGGUUUCACUAAAUUACUUUUCUGAAGGUUUCUGAGUUGCAUUCGAAGUUUUGGGGGAAUCAAAUCCAGUAACUGUUCUGCGAAAGUUGUGUUUAUCUUGUUUAUCCUCUCUUGUGAGCUGUUUCUUUGUACUUUGCUCAUUCUAAUUUUUUUUUUUUCUAAUAUCUACUCGAAAGUGUAAACCUGUCACGGUGUGUAUUACUUCUAUUUUUCAUGCUUGCAUUCUUUUUCAUACAUGCCCUUUUAAUGCGUGAUUUUUGUAUGACUAAGCAUUAUAAUUGAUCAAAUACUAAGUUAGUGCUGACAACAGGAAACCUAUUAUGUUAUUCCUUCAUUUUCAUAAUUCAAGUCCUUUUUUGGUCUUGUUUGACGUUUGGAGCCCUUGUAGCUGUAAGUUUUCCUUUGAUUCUACCUUUACAACGGCUUGUCUAGUUGUCAUUCUGUAGAACGUUCCCUUUAAUGUAAUGCGAACCAAACAAUAAAAUACUGUUCCAGAAAAUUUUGAUAAAUGAUGUAGUAGUUAUUCCAAAAGCAUAAAAUCAAACCUGUCAAGUUUAGUGGUAAAAACUCAGUUUCUGACCCAGAGGCCAUGCCUUUUUUUUCUUAAUUUUUCUUUUUUCCUGGCUGCAUCAUCUACCCAUAAAUGAAAGCUAGUAAGGAUGGUUCUACGUUCAUCUUGUUCUUUGCUUGAAUGUUGAUUUGAAGAAUAUAAAUUCUUUUCUUGUGGAACAGAUCUGCAACGCGGUUGCUGUUGCUCGUCUGCUCAACGCAACUCUUGUCAUACCAAAUUUCUUGUUUAGCAGUGUUUGGAGUGAUCCAAGGUAAAUUUCCUUCCUUUGUGCGCAUUUUUACCAUGCUGAGGGGUCUUAUCGAGACAGUUCUUAUACCCAUGUCUUAUUAUCAACUCUAAGCACUAAAUUGUGCUUUUUUUAAUAUCUUUUAUUCUGUGUAUCUGCUGUGUUAGGGUCAUUUCAUAUGUCGUACGCCAUCAUAAAAUGCUCUUCUCAUGGAGGCUUGAAUCCAUGAAAUGUCCCUCUUGAUUUGUUCUUUGAUGUCAUAUGAUGCUUUAAUCUGUGGAAAAUGACGAUCUUUAUCAUUUAUGAUGAAGCUACUGGUUUCCUGACGAAUUAGUCUCUUGAUUUAUUAGUCAGUUUAGCGAUAUAUACCAGGAGGACUUUUUUGUUGAUUACCUAAGAACUGAUAUCCGGAUUGUGAAAGAACUUCCUCUGGAGCUACGUUCACUUGAUCUGGUGGCAAUUGGUAGUCUUGUAAGGAACUUCUGAUCAUUUCUCUCAUGAUUUCAUGAUUUUUGUGGACAGUCAAAUCUGGAAAUUACAUGCUUCUUGAUGUUGACUUCAAUCAUUGAAAAUUCUGUAGGUGACUGAUACAGACAUCGUGAAAGAGUCCAAACCAAGUUUCUUUUUGAAAAAUGUUCUCCCAAUUCUGAUAAAAAAUAGGGUUGUGCAUUUUGUUGGAUUUGGCAACCGCUUAGCGUUUGAUCCAAUACCAUUCAACUUGCAGGUACGUUAGUACCCUGUAAUUUACCGGAUUAUCUACCUUUUUCUCACUGUUGGAGCAAUCUUAUCCAUGAUUUUAUAGGUUGGUUUCCUGUGUGUUAUUUUCUUUCUAAAUGACCUGUUCCUUUAAUUAUUCCUAACCUAAAGGUAUUGUUAUCAGAGGCUCCGAUGCAAAUGUAAUUUUCAUGCUCUGCGAUUUGUAAGAAAAAUACAAGAGACUGGUGCAUUGCUUGUUCGAAGGAUGCGUAAUCAUACUUCUCUUUCAAGACCGCUGGAUGAGAAUUUGGUCGGCCCAUUUGCUUCAGAGUUGGCUCCGAAGGGGCACGGGAGGCCUCAGGAUUCAAGAUACCUAGCCGUGCACUUGAGGUUUGAGAUUGACAUGGCUGCGUACUCUAUGUGCUAUUUUGGAGGGGGUAAAGAAGAGGAACAGGAGUUAGAAGCAUACAGAUUGUCUCAUUUUCCUGCUCUCACGCAUUUGAAAAACACAACAAGGUCUGUACAUCUCCGUAUCAUGCAUUUGUAGUUUUAGUUUUGCAUUGCUUUUACCUUAUUUCAUGGAUCAUGCUGCCUUUUCAACUGGAUUGUUCGGUUCGAUGGUUGGGAAGCUAAGCUCCUUAUCAAGGAUUGACCGAGUACCCUUUUGUCUGCUUUUCCUAUUCCUUUGUGUUUUAGGCUACCUUCCGCUGCACAACUUCGAUCUGAAGGGCAAUGCCCUCUGACACCUGAAGAAGCAGUUCUCGUGCUUGCUGCUCUUGGUUUUAAGCGGAGAACUCGCAUUUAUGUGGCUGGUGCAAAUAUCUACGGAGGAAGGUCUAUGAUGGUGGGAUUGAAUACCUUGUACCCUAAUCUGGUUACUAAGGAGAGCCUUCUAUCUUCCUCUGAAAUGGAACCAUUUCUUAACCUCUCAUCCCAGGUGAGUCAGCUCUCUCUUCGUAUUUUUUUCUUUCAAAUUCCAUGGCACUUUUUAAUAACAAAAAUGCUGUGAUCUGUCUCCCAGUUCACUAUUUUGCUGACGUGGCAUAUAUUAUGAAUGGUCCGGGAGAGUGGGUCUAAGAAUCAGCAUUAGUAGUCCUGAAAAUGUGAAAUCUCUUAGUAUAAAUUGAACUGUUUGGUACCAGACUGACGAAUGUGAGGAUGAUAAACAUGAAAAUAGAUUCCAGAGGCAGCCUCACUUGUUGAUUCCUCUCCAGAGGACUGAUGUGGGGUUUUCUAUUCGCAGUUGGCUGCUCUGGACUUUAUAGUGUGUGCUGCAGCGGACUCAUUUGCCAUGACCGACUCUGGAAGCCAAUUCUCUUCUCUUGUUUCGGGUUAUCGGAUGUACUAUGGGAGUGGGAUGCUUCCCACAAUUCGACCCAACAAACGCCGCCUAGCAUCCGUCUUCUCAAGGCACUCUACCAUAGAAUGGAGUCUCUUUGAGCGUAGCAUCAGGAAGGCAUUCAUGCAGAUGAAGAGGACGGUAGAAAGGCCCAUUGCUAGGAGCAUUUACAGGCAUCCGAGAUGUGCAGAGUGCAUGUGCAGGAGUGGUUAG